UUGUCGCUGGACUGUAUUACAGACAUCUUUAUAACACGUCAAAAACGAGGGACUUUUGGAGGUAAACCAAAAUAACAUAUCUAAAUAAAAUGUCACGAAUCUGAACUCCCAGUAUCAUGUUUGAAAGGUCAGUAAAAGUAUGCUUAAAAGUGUAUUUGCUCUGUUGAUACCUCGUCUGGCUGCAUUCUUUUCUUGCCGAGCUGAAACCCCUCUCAACGGCUGCCUGUGUAGCUGGCAGCCGGAAGCUGUGAUCAGCUGAUAGAGGAGGUACUGUGAGAGAGGUGAGCCAUCUUCCCCCGGCAGACUGAUACACUCUGAUAGAGCCUGGACAAGAGGGAUACGGGAGAUAUUCUGGGGAUUCCGGUGCCAUUUGGAGGCAGAGACGAUAGUUAGACGCCAGGACAACCGAUGCCUUUCUGGAAGGAGGACACCUAAGGACUGAUCAGAAUUUCGGCACCAGAGCUGACUGAGGAAUAUAUCAGUUUUUAAUGUCAGACAGAAGGCUCUAACACUAAUACAAAGAACGGAAAACACUGAGCUAGGAGCGGGGAUUAAUAUCGAAAUAUGAAUUGUAUAUAACCAAGGAAAAUACAACAGUCCAGAAGAUCGGCCACAUAAAUAAGCAUGUAGUCCUUACAGCACGACAGGUGUUUAGCGUCACUAGUAAAUGUAAACAAACAGCUAUUUAAGCUAGUUGAAGUUAGCCGUUUGGGGGUUAGCUUUCUGGUGCUCGUAUACAUAGCUAACGGAGGAUAGUUGUACCAGAACGAAGGUAAACCGAACUGAACGAGUCUGGCGUCGGGUUUUAAACAAAAUUUAACCUCAGUACAGUCGUUUUAAGCCCAUGGCAUUUGUUUUUGUCAUCUCAAUGCGCAGUUAUUAGCAUAAUUAGCCCUUAGCUAACAUCGGCUAAACGUUAUUUGCAUUAGCAGCCCAGCAUAAUAACAUUAAACUAGACUUAGCACACUAAUUGUUCAUCAAAAAGACAUUUGGCAGUACUGUCAAAAAUGCGUUUUUGACAUCGACUCAUUUCAAAUAUUUUGCUAUGAGAGAGAUUGAACAGGAUUGGUAUAAUGCUACAAUAGAUAAUUGAGGUACCCAGUGUAGUCCAGUUGAUUGGCUGAGAAGAGUAGGAUGUCGGGAUGAAGGAAAACAAUUUAAGUUAAUGAAUUCUUAUAAAUUUAAUCGCGCUUUCCCUAACCAAAGGUGUUGCAAAGCUAUAUGAUGUAUUCGCGUUCUUAGCAGUUCGGUGGCUGGAAUUUUUCAGUUUUGCAUUCAAUACUCGUCGGUCUGUCUGUCAUUAACGAUACUUAGCUGGUAUGUUUGGCUCGUUUGUCCUCUCAGCGGCAGCAGUCGGCAAUAGUGAAGAAACAGAAGACAGGAGCUUCCAGGCUGUAAAGGGAGCCGCAACUCAGUCUGGCGGCAUGGAGUGGAUGGAUAAAUCGAUCUAAAUGACAAAUACUUUGAUUUGAAUAUAUGAGGAAGCACCUCUAAAACAUACGAGAAGUUACGUAUAAACAUUUAGUAACUGUAGCUUUGUUGUGUAUAUAUGCUUACAGACUAUUUAAAGGAGACCACCGCCUUGUCAGAGUUUGUAUUAUGUAGCUGUGUUUGAGGGCCCAGCGGUAAGCCUCUCAGCUGUGUUUUGGUUGCUAGUGGCCUCCCCUCCCCCAGUCUUGAGACUCUUGCUUUUCCCCGAGUGUUGGACAGUUUUCGCCGGGUUUCCCCUUGAUUUUAAGACUGAAGAAAAGCCGUGGCCUCAAGUCGCAGUCCUCUGGACUCCGAAGCAGUUAAAAAGUGGAUGUAAUGGAACUUAUGUUCGCCGAGUGGGAGGAUGGGGAGAGGUUCUCCUUCGAAGACUCGGACCGGUUCGAGGAAGACUCUCUGUGCUCCUUCAUCUCAGAGGCCGAGAGUCUCUGUCAAAACUGGAGGGGAUGGAGGAAGCAGUCCGCUGGACCCAACUCCCCAACUGUCAAGAUUAAAGAUGGCCAGGUGAUUCCACUGGUGGAGUUGUCAGCGAAGCAAGUAGCAUUUCACAUCCCGUUUGAAGUGGUGGAGAAGGUCUACCCGCCUGUUCCAGAGCAGCUCCAGCUCCGCAUUGCCUACUGGAGCUUCCCCGAGAAUGAGGAGGACAUCAGGUUAUAUUCCUGCCUGGCUAACGGGAGUCCAGAUGAAUUCCAGCGUGGAGAGCAGCUCUAUAGGAUCAGAGCUGUCAAAGACCCCCUACAGAUUGGCUUCCAUCUCAGUGCUACAGUGGUGUCCAGUCAGGCCGGUCAGUCUAAAGGAGCCUAUAACGUGGCCGUCAUGUUUGAUCGCUGCCGCAUCACUUCCUGCAGCUGCACCUGUGGUGCUGGGGCCAAAUGGUGUGCCCAUGUGGUGGCACUCUGCCUCUUCAGGAUCCACAAUGCGUCAGCAGUGUGUCUGAGAGCUCCAGUAUCUGAGUCUUUGUCCAGGCUGCAGAGGGACCAGCUCCAAAAAUUUGCCCAGUACCUCAUCAGUGAGCUGCCUCAGCAGAUCUUGCCAACAGCUCAACGACUGCUGGAUGAGCUGCUGUCAUCUCAGUCUACUGCCAUCAACACCGUGUGUGGAGCUCCAGACCCCACAGCAGGCCCUUCAGCAUCUGACCAGAGCACCUGGUAUUUGGAUGAGUCAACCCUCAGUGACAACAUCAAAAAGACUCUGCACAAGUUCUGUGGGCCCUCACCUGUUGUCUUCAGUGAUGUGAACUCCAUGUACCUGUCAUCCACUGAGCCACCUGCCGCUGCCGAAUGGGCAUGUCUUCUGCGACCUCUGAGGGGCCGAGAGCCAGAAGGCAUCUGGAACCUUCUGUCCAUCGUCAGGGAGAUGUUCAAGAGACGAGACAGCAACGCUGCCCCGCUGCUUGAGAUCCUCACUGAGCAAUGCCUCACCUAUGAACAGAUCAUCAGCUGGUGGUACAGUGUUCGGACCUCAGCAUCCCACAGCAGUGCCAGUGGCCACACCGGGCGCAGCAACGGCCAGUCGGAGGUGGCAGCUCAUGCCUGUGCCAGCAUGUGUGAUGAGAUGGUGGUGCUAUGGAGGCUCGCAGUGCUCGACCCCACAAUGAGCCCCUGCAGGCGUCUGGAACUGGCAGGCCAGCUGAAGCAGUGGCACCUGAAAGUUAUAGAGAUAGUGAAGCGAGGACAACAUCGCAAAUCCCUGGAUAAACUGUUUCAGGGCUUCAAGCCUGCUGUGGAGUCCUGUUAUUUCAACUGGGAGGUGGCCUACCCACUGGAAGGCAUCACCUACUGCAGCGCUGAUAAGAAGAGUGCCACAUUCUGCUGGUCCAGGGCAGUGCAGCUCCAGAGGGGAGCCAAAGCUGCUGCAGGAGGAGGUGGAGAACCAUCUGAACUGGGGGGAGGGGCGAGAGCUGAAAAUGGAUCUGUGGGAGAUUAUAAAGGCAGAGGAAGUGCUCACUCAAACCAACAAGAGGUGGCAGUGCGACCCAAGGAGACCAUACUGACCAAGAGGAAGGGCCUGUCAAUGAGCGGAGGGGGAGGGAUGCUGGUCCGUCUAGGAGGGAGUGUCUCUCUGUCUCUGGAAGAUGGAGGAGGGAAGUGCAUGUACAAAGGGACAAGUUCAUCCUCUGGAGGGAAGCUGAAAAUGACACAGGGCAGUGGAAAGGGGGCAUCUGUAGGAGGUCCUGGAGGCAGUGGAGGGUUAGGAAGUAGUAAGCAUGCCAGUGCCAAGAGGAGAACCAGCAGUGAGGACAGCUCCCUGGAGCCGGACAUGGCUGAGCUCAGCCUGGACGACGGCUGCAGUCUGGCUCUCGGGGCUGAGGCCAGCAACACUUUUGAGUUUCUCCCCCCACCGCCGGAGAUGCUGCCCUCUCCAAGCCCACUGCUUCGAGACUCACGCAAGUACAACAGCAGCAGUGGGGGCAGCAAGAUGUUUGAAACAAAGCGUGUCAGCCAUGCCUCAGCGGCACUCCCUACUGCAGAGCCUGCCCAACCAUGCUUCAAUUCCAAAGAGACAGUGGUCGUGGAUAUGGACGUGCCCAACGCUCCAGAGAAGGAAGCAGAGCUGGAGGUGGAGCCUAUCCAGGGCAGAGAUGAAGAUGUAGACUCAGCUGGCAGUAACCAGCCUUCCACCUCCACCACUACGGCAAGAUCAGGUACCACUGAAAUGUCUGCCAAGGCACCACAGGGCCGCAGAGAAGCAGCCCCUGCUGCAGCAGCAGCUGGGAGCAGGGCAGCAGCUGCAGGUGGACUCCCUAACCAAGGAGCAGAGGCAGCAGGUGGAGCCACGGGAGGAGAAGCUGUGAAUGAGGAUGACUAUCAGGCUUACUACCUGAGUGUUGCCUCUGAGGAAGGAGCAGACAGACAGCUGGCUGACAACCACCAGGAGGAGGAGCCAGACAUCUUUGCAGGGAUGAAACCACUGGAGCAGGAGGGGCGCAUGGAGGUGCUGUUUGCGUGUGCUGAGGCCCUCCAUGCUCAUGGCUACAGUAAUGAGGCUUGCCGGCUGGCGGUAGAGCUGGCCAGAGACCUGUUAGCCAACCCCCCGGACCUGAAAGUGGAGCAGCCACAGACUAAGGGUAAGAAGAGCAAGGUGUCCACCAGCCGUCAGACGCAGGUUGCCACUAACACGCUGUCAAAAGCCGCCUUCCUCCUCACUGUUCUCAGUGAACGACUGGAGCUACACAACCUGGCCUUCAGCACCGGCAUGUUCUCCCUGGAACUCCAGAGACCACCGGCAUCUACGAAAGCUCUGGAGGUGAAGCUGGCCUACCAGGAGUCAGAGGUGGUGGCUCUGUUGAAGAAGAUUCCUCUGGGCCUGGUGGAGAUGUCGGCCAUCAGGGAGAGAGCCGAGCAGCUCAGAGACGGAAACUUCUGUGAUUACAGACCUGUGCUGCCUCUCAUGUUGGCCAGCUUUAUCUUUGAUGUGCUGUGUACCCCAGUUGUGUCCCCGACGGGUUCCCGUCCACCAAGCCGCAACCGUAACAAUGAGAUGCCCGGUGAUGAGGAACUGGGCUUUGAGGCUGCUGUCGCUGCACUUGGUAUGAAGACCACAGUAAGUGAAGCGGAGCAUCCUCUGCUGUGUGAAGGAACUAGACGAGUGAAAGGUGACCUGGCUCUGGCUCUCAUGAUCACCUAUAAGGAUGACCAGAGCAAGCUAAAAAAGAUACUGGAUAAGCUGUUGGACAGGGAGAGUCAGACUCACAAGCCCCAGACCCUGAGCUCCUUCUACUCCAGCAAGCCAGCAGCUGGCAGCCAGCGCAGCCCAUCCAAGCAUGCUGCAGCCAGCCACAGUGGGGUGAGUGGAGCCUCAGGGGGAGUCUCCAAACAUGCACCCUCAUCUUCAUCUGCAACCACUGUGGCAGCCUCUUCUUCCAGCUCUUCCUCUGCUGUAGCACUGGGUAGUGAGGAGGUGGCUCAUCAGGCUGAACUGAACCCAGUGCAGAACAGUACGGCAGGGGAGACUGCAGCUGAGACCAGGGAGCACGCAGAUGGGCCUCCUCCAUCCAGUGACCAGCAGAAUGAAACAACUCCAUUUAAGCUGGAGGCCACAGUGCCUAGUCGACUGGCAUUGGGGGCACGUUGUGGAUAUGGACAACGCUGCUGGGGCUCUCCUGUCCGACAGAAGAAAAAACACACUGGCAUGGCGAGUAUCGAUAGCAGUGCUCCAGAGACGACCUCAGACAGUUCCCCCACCCUUAGCCGACGGCCACUCCGGGGCGGGUGGGCAGCAACGUCUUGGGGCCGGGGCCAGGACAGCGACAGUAUCAGCAGUUCAUCUUCUGAUUCGCUGGGCUCCUCCUCUUCCAGCGGCUCUCGCAGGGCAGGAGGAGGGGCCAGGGCCAAGAGCACUGACACCAGCAGGUACAAAGGGCGACGUCCAGAGUGCCACGCACCCCAUGUGCCCAACCAGCCAUCAGAGGCAGCGGCCCAUUUUUACUUUGAGCUGGCCAAGACGGUGCUGAUCAAAGCCGGAGGAAACUCCUCCACUUCCAUUUUCACCCAGCCCUCAGCCAGUGGGGGCCACCAGGGGCCCCACAGAAACCUGCACCUCUGUGCCUUCGAGAUUGGCCUAUAUGCUCUUGGCCUCCACAACUUUGUCUCACCCAACUGGCUGUCCAGGACCUACUCCUCCCAUGUGUCCUGGAUCACUGGCCAAGCCAUGGAGAUCGGCAGCGCUGCCCUCAACAUUUUGGUGGAGUGUUGGGACGGCCACCUCACCCCUCCAGAGGUGGCAUCCUUAGCUGACCGAGCGUCACGAGCCAGGGAUCCCAACAUGGUUAGAGCGGCAGCAGAGCUGGCCCUGAGCUGCUUGCCUCAUGCUCACGCCCUCAAUCCGAAUGAAAUCCAGAGAGCCUUGGUGCAGUGCAAAGAGCAGGACAAUGUGAUGCUGGAGAAGGCCUGCAUGGCAGUAGAGGAAGCAGCCAAGGGUGGAGGUGUUUACCCAGAGGUUCUCUUUGAGGUGGCUCACCAGUGGUACUGGCUGUAUGAGCAGUCAGUGGGUGGAGGCUCGGGCCAGCCACGGGAGACCUCUGGGCGCUGUGGGGCCAACGGGGGUUCGGGCAGGAGGCCCCCGGAGUCUAGCUGUGGCGUCCUUGACAGCGGAGCAAACAUGGAGCCUCAGGGGAUGGCAACAGUCACAGCCUCGGUCACUGCGGCAGCUGUUGUCCCUGUCAUCUCUGUGGGCUCCACCAUCUACCAGUCCCACGCCAUGCCUGGGCAGGCCAUUGCUCACCCCCACAGCCAGGGCCUCCACCCCUACACCACCAUCCAGGCCCAUCUCCCCACCGUCUGCACCCCCCAGUACCUGGGACAUCCUCUGCAGCAUGUCCCACGACCCACCGUCUUCCCUGUGACUGGGGCUGCAUAUCCACAGGGAAUGCACCCAGCCUUCAUCGGUGCCCAGUACCCGUUCUCAGUGGCCACUGGCCCCCAGCCACCUAUGGCAGCCACGGCUGUGACCUUCCCUGGUGUCCCUGUCCCGUCCAUGACUCAGAUCGCCGUCCAUCCCUACCACACGGAGACCGGCCUGCCCCUGAGCACCACUGUAGCAGGCAGUGUCCACUCAGGCCCCACUAUCCAGGCCAUACAGGGAGCAUCUCUUCCCUCCCUCUCCUCCCAACCCGGAUCAUUGGUCAGCACUCCUUUCCCAGCUGAGGACGAGCAGCACAGCCAGCCAAUCAGCCAACAGGGCCUGCACUAUCUGCAUUCCGCCUACAGAGUUGGCAUGCUGGCAUUGGAGAUGCUGGGCAGGAGGGCUCACAAUGACCACCCCAACAACUUCUCCAGGAGCCCACCUUACACUGAGGACGUCAAAUGGCUGCUGGGACUGGCUGCAAGGCUAGGAGUCAACUAUGUGUACCAGUUUUGCGUCGGAGCAGCAAAAGGUGUCCUCAGUCCAUUUGUCUUGCAAGAGAUCAUCAUGGAGGCUCUGCAGAGACUGAACCCAGCCCACAUCCACGCCCACCUGCGAACUCCUGCUUUCCAUCAGCUCGUCCAGCGCUGCCAGCAGGCCUACCUGCAGUACAUCCACCAUCGGCUCAUCCACCUGACCCCUGCCGACUACGAUGAUUUUGUGAACAUCAUUCGCAGCGCUCGAGGUGCUUUCUGCCUGACGCCCGUUGGUAUGAUGCAGUUCAACGACGUGCUGCAGAACCUGAAGAGAGGCAAGCAGACCAAGGAGUUGUGGCAACGCAUCUCACUGGAGAUGGCAACCUUCUCCCCCUGAGUGUGCUGCUCAGUGGGAGAGUGUGCUGGCCCUGGGCCUGGGCUUCAGAAGUCCCAUCCAGUGCCAACUCAGCCUCCAGCAUUGCUACUGCCAUUGCACUGAGCUGGCCACAUUCAUGCUGUCUGGUUCUGUCAGGGACCCUGCCCCCUACGUUAUGGACUCUCAAACAAACACAGCACACAGGCAGUACAAUCAGCUCCCGUACCACCGACCCACAGAGACUUUUUUUUGUGUGUGUGUGUGUUUGUCCACCCAGAGCUCAGAAGAGAAGCCAGGUUGCCUGCUCUCCUCUGUUGUUGGCAGUCCGAUCACUCUCGUUUUAUCAUGGUUCAUGUGUGUGUAACUGUGGAAUUAAAGUGUACUCCUUCCUUUCUUCAUCUAACUCGUCUCUUCCAUUUCCCCUAAAACUGAAGACAUUGACGGGGAUCCCUCAUCCUCCAUCCUCACUUCAUUUCCAGUGUUUUGUAGUUUUGUUUAGUUUUGUUUUGAAUGAAACCACUGAGCGUGGUUCGUUUUCAUGCUGCAACAUUCCCUUCCAGAGUGGUAGGUGCUGCAAGGCCUCAUUCGCCAGAAGCUUGUCACUAUGGAUCUGAAUCUUUGCAGAGUGGGAGAAAAGGAAGAAUUUGCAAGAAAAAAAAAUGUUUAAUAUGAGAAAUUAUAUCGUGAGUACGGGUGAGGAUUUUUCAGUAUUUUGUUUAAUCUUUUUUUGAUACUUUGUAUAGAAUAUGACAUGUAAGCAGAGCAGAAUGGGACGAGAAUGCGGGGAAGUUAAAGGUGCUGUUGUUGUUGUUGUGUGGGAUCCAUAUUUACAUUUCAGCCUGUCUGAGGAGUGAUAUGAACACAGCUCCAGACCAAAACCAGAGGUCACCUAACCACUGCUGGGCCAAGCACUGAGUGUGCAGCAGUUAGAACAUCUGGAUCAGUUUCUUGUUAAAAGCUGCCAACACGAGUGGGUAUCAUUUUAAAUUUUUGGAUUCGUGCUUUCUUAAGACGGCAUGGCGAGAUUUUAUUUUCGUUUUUUUUUCCAAAAUAGAUUGUAGUGCUCACUGCAAUCUGUGGCUGUGGAAAAAUUCUUUCUGGCCAUGUCUCAAAUUUUCUCUAACAAUCUCCUUUUCAGUACUGAAUAUAAACAUUUUCCAACAAAUGAUUUUUAGACAUUUAUCAAAAUGAGCCAAAUUCUUUUACAUCGUUGUGCAGAAUUUCAGCUAAAAUAAAAUACAGUUAAAAAAAAUAAAAAAAAAACAAAACAAAAUUGGAUUAAUAUCAAGUGACAAAGACUGCGUUUACAUGACAAGACACUAAGAAUCUGGUGCCACCAGUUGUUACUUGGUAAUACACCCACUAAAAGUACUCAAAUUACAAAGCCAGCCUUUCUGUUCAGCAUCCUAAUCACUGGCAGUUCAAACACAGUCCCAGCUGCUUCCUUUUGAAAAGUUUAGGGAAGCAGCUGUGCAUUGUUUUCUUUAUUGGAUGCAGUGAAAUUAACCAGAUGUACUUUUUUCCCCAACUAGUUAGUUCAUGUUCAAAACGUACAGGUUGAAAGCAAUGCUGAUAAAAAGAUUCUGCAAAUCACGUGACUGUGUGGCUUGUCCAGGUAUAUUUUUUUUUUGGUGUAGUGUUUUAUUCUCAUUCCUCUAGUGCAGGAAUGAAACUAUUCUGGCUACACUCAAUAUUAAACUUGAACAAGCUGCUCAAAGCUGAUAUUUAUGCUUUAUCAGAAGUGUUUUCAAAUAGUACGUUUUGGUUUGACAGCACAGCUGUGGUUUGGCUCUGGAAAGCCCUGCUUCACUGAGCUGUGUUACGUGCAUGGGUCCAAACACUCUCCGGACCUGUCAGAAAUCAGAACCAUGAAUGUGUCUGAGUGGCCCCUUUCUUCAGUGUGGUUAGCUCAUAGACCAUGGUGCUGUUACUUUAAGACAUGUUGACGUUCCAUCUCUGUCUAGGCAGCUGCUGUGGUUCUGAACCCGCCUCUCUGAUUGGCUCUGGACCUCACAGGUGAAGGUGACUUAGUAGAAAAUGUACUGUGAUAUUUUUGUAUUCCUCAAAGUGUAGCUCGAUUGAAAAGUUCUAUAUGUGCUGAUUGCAAAAGGUUCUAAUUUAGAAUGGAAAAGAAUAAAAAAAAGAGAAAAGCAAUACUAAAAAGUGUAGAGUUUACUUAAUAAAGAUAAUUCAAAGCA